AUGGAGGUUUGAUAGAAAGGCAUUUAAACGCAGCUGCCCUCGAAACUACGAGAUACACGAAUCACACGUACUGUAAAACACACACACGCACGUCAAGAUGCCCGUGGCCGUCGGUCCGUAUGGUCAGACCCAGCCCAGCUGUUUUGACCGGGUCAAGAUGGGCUUCAUGAUGGGGUUUGCGGUGGGGAUGGCUGCUGGCGCCAUGUUCGGCACCUUCUCCUGUCUCAGGAUCGGCAUGCGCGGCAGGGAGCUGAUGGGAGGAGUGGGAAAGACCAUGAUGCAGAGCGGCGGAACGUUUGGCACUUUCAUGUCCAUCGGUAUGGGAAUCCGCUGCUGAGGAAGAGGAGGAGGAGGAGGAGGAGGAGGAGGAGGAGCAGCACCCCCCUCGGUUACACUGCUAUGGGACUUUUCCAAUAACUACAGCUCUGUCACGCUCAACCCACCGUCUAGUUUUGUCAAUAAAUGUUCAGAUCCGUCAAA